ACGGAUGCCUUGUGCCCAGUCCUCCACCCGAGUCCCAGGUAGACGUCCUUGCCGAGCAAUGUCCUGCUACGACCUGUGCCUGCCCUCCUCCUGCGGUCCCCGGCCACUGGCCACCAGCUGCAAUCAGCCCUGCUUCCGCCGCUGUGGGGACUCCACCACCGUCAUCCAGCCCCCCACUGUCGUGGUCACCCUGCCCGGGCCCAUCCUCAGCUCUUACCCGCAGAACACGACGGUGGGAUCCACGGCGUCGGCCGCUGUUGGGAACUACCUGCGGUGCUGCGGGAUCCCCGUGGGCUCCGGUGGUCCCCGCGGGCUGGGGAAGGCAGGACUGCUGUGCCUAGGCAGCAGCGGGAUAUAGGGGUCUCUGUGACGGUCACCUCCUGCUGAUGCCAGCAGAAC